AUGUACUGGUACAUAUCUUUCCUGCGUCCACCUCCUGUGACUGCACCAGCUUCAAGCACCAUCCUCAUCACUCCUCAAGUCGCCAACGACCUCCGUACCGAACUUCGAUAUGAUCCUACUCCCCUCGUUUUCACAUGGCAACGUGUGUCGCCUUCAUCCGAUCCUCCUCUUCCAUUCUCAGGACUGACCACUUUUCUUCCUCCCGAAAGCACAUACCGACCUAUCCCUAUUUCCCUGCCAAAAGUAGCAAAGAAAGGCGAGCGAUGGCGUCUGGGUAUCUUCUCCAAUCCAGCUAUAGGUUCCUUGGAUCAACUCAAGAUACUUGGAAGCCUAUUGGAACAUCCUGAUGUGGUUGGAGUAUGGAGCGAGGGGAUGCUCCUCACUUCACCUGUACUCACGGGAAAGAAUGACGGGAAAGUUGGAAGUGGGAAGGGAAAGGGAAAAGAAGAGGAUAUGCCAAAACAAGGACGUAUAUCCAGAGAGUGGGCCUUGGACAAAUCUACAACGCUAAGAAUAGUCGAGCAGACAUCGUUUGAUCUUGACAAGAAAAUUUGGGAUUCAGGUCUCGCUCUGAGCGCCUGGUUAUGGCAGUUACUGCGAUCAUCUCUCUCCACCAAGAACAAAUAUGCUCAGAGCUUAGUAUGCGAUAUCCUAGAGGUUUUGCGCUCAGAGGGAGGAGAAGUGCUGGAACUAGGAAGCGGUACAGGUCUGGUGUCUAUCGCGUUAUCAUUAGCGAUGACCCAAACUGAUCGGCGAGGUGUUGUGAAGAUAACAGCAACUGAUCUGGAAUCGGCGAUGGAUCUGAUGGACGAAAACAUUGCUCUGAAUCAGCAUCUCUACGAAUCGGUCGUCUUAUCAGCCAAAGUGUUGGACUGGGAGCGACCUCUUCCCCCUGAGAUCGCUCAAAACCGGCCUCGCCUAGUUAUAGCCGCAGAUGUGACUUAUAACACUGCUUCUUUCCCUUCACUCCUGCGGACGAUUUCUUCUUUAUUGAUGACGCCUGAGGGUAAUAUGCAGCCAGUCCUGUUAUUGGCAUACAAAGAGCGUGAUCCGGGAGAAAGAGAAUUGUGGGACAUGCUUCGAGACGCAGGCGUGAACAUGAAACUUGUAGACAAGGUCAGAGGUUGUGAGGAAGGGGAGGAAGGAACGGUGGAAAUUUGGUCCGGCACUUGUCAUUCAUGA